AGCGUCGAGCCGACGUGGCGGCUCCGCGAGCGCAUGAAGACCGUGUCCGUCGCGCUCGUGCUCUGCCUCAACAUCGGCACGGACCCGCCCGACGCCGUCGCGGCGAGCCCGCGCGCGCGGCGCGAGUGCUGGCUCGAGCCCUUCGCCGGGCCGAGCCGCCAGAAGGCUUUGGAGACCAUCGGCGCGGCGCUCCAGGCCCAGUACGAGCGCUGGCAGAGCCGCGCGCGCUACCGGCAGCUUUUAGACCCGACGGCCGACGAGCUCCGGCGGCUCUGCGCGGCGCUCCGGCGGUCCGCGCGCGGCGACCGCGUGCUCGUGCACCUCAACGGCCACGGCGUGCCGCGGCCCACGGCGAACGGCGAGGUCUGGGUCUUCAACAAGAACUACACGCAGUACAUCCCCCUCUCCGUCUACGAGCUCCGGUCCGUCGUCCGCGGCCCCGCGGUCUACGUGCUCGACUGCGGCGGCGCGGGCGUCCUCCUGCCCCACUUCACGGCGCCCAUGCCCCGGCACCACGACCGACCGCCGGGCGACAAGGCCCCGGACGACCAGAUGGGCGGCGACGAGUGCAUCGUGCUCGCGCCGUGCGGCGCGGACGAGGCGCUGCCGUCGGACCCGGGCCUCCCCGCGGACCUCUUCACGGCGUGCCUCACGACGCCCAUCGCCGUCGCCCUGCGGGCCUUCGGGGCGCGGGGGCGGCGGGGCGGGCCGCCGGGCGGGGGCGACGCGGCGGACGUGCCCGGCCGCCUCGGCGACCGGAAGACGCCGCUGGGCGAGCUCAACUGGAUCUUCACGGCCGUGACGGACACGAUCGCCUGGAACGUGCUGCCCGCGCCGCUCUUCCAGCGUUUGUUUCGCCAGGACCUGCUCCUGGCGUCGCUCUUCCGCAACUUUCUGUUAGCGGAGCGCGUGCUCAAGGCCCACGGCUGCACGCCGGCGACGGUGCCGCCGCUCCCGCCGACGGCGGACCACCCGCUCUGG